CAUACUGGUGGUGCUCUCCCUGUCUCUCUCUCUCUCUCGUGCGGUGCUUUGAAAUGAGCGAGUUUAUGCCUCACAGGUUACGGUUUACAUCAGGAUUCUCAGAACAGAAAGUGCGCGCGACUAGACGAACGCCUCAGAGCGGUUUAUUGCAAAAAGCAAGAAAUCAACAUAACAUCAACAUCAUGCAGGCUGAUGGAAAAGGAGUGGACGGUGGCUUGCUGCCUGAUGCCAACGGGAAGGAGCCCAGCCCAGGAGGACAGAGGGAAGACAGAGGGAAAUGGCAGAAGCCCCGAAUCACUCGUAAAUCUCUGAUGAAGUGCUGCCUCGUCAAAUGGAUCAUUGACAGCACCACAAACACUCAGGGGCCAGAGAGUAGCGACUGUGAAUUGGAGCUUUCUACUGUUCGUCACCAGCCUGAAGGCUUGGAACAGCUCCAGGUCCAGACCCAGUUCACCAAGAAGGAGUUGCAGUCACUCUACAGAGGCUUUAAAAACGAGUGUCCCAGCGGGCUGGUGGAUGAGGAGACUUUCAAGAACAUCUACUCACAGUUCUUCCCCCAGGGAGAUGCCACCACAUAUGCACAUUUCCUGUUCAACGCAUUUGACAUGGACAGAAAUGGCUCUAUCCGUUUCGAGGACUUUGUGAUUGGACUAUCUGUACUGCUCAGAGGUUCAGAAACAGAGAAACUCCGGUGGGCCUUCAAUCUGUAUGAUAUCAACAAGGAUGGCUACAUCACCAAGGAGGAGAUGUUGGCCAUAAUGACGUCCAUCUAUGACAUGAUGGGCAGGUAUACCUCUCCUAGUGUACGAGAUAUUGAUCCAUCUGAGCAUGUGGACAAGUUCUUUCAGAAAAUGGAUCGGAACAGAGACGGGGUGGUGACCAUUGAUGAGUUCAUAGAGACUUGUCAGAAGGAUGAAAAUAUCAUGGCCUCCAUGCAGCUCUUUGAGAACGUCAUCUAGGUCUAGGAACGGAAGGAGAACAUGGAUAGAAGUAUAAGUCCUGAUGACCUUUUAUUGCUUCCGAUACCAGACCCUACAAGCCCCUCUACACUUUAACCCCUCACCGUUUGAUAAUAGAAAAAUAUUCACACACAUCGAGAUGAGGACAGUAAACAUUUGGCAGGGGGCAUAGGGAAAAUACCUUUUAAAUGUUUGAUUCCACUACGUACUGUAUAUGGUAAAAUAAUCCCUUCAAUGGUUCUAUUGACAGUAGAGGUCGACCGAUUAUGAUUUUUCAACGCCGAUACCGAUGCCGAUUAUUGGAGGCCCAAAAACGCCGAUACCGAUUAAUCGGGCGAUUUAAAAAAAAAAAAUUUUUUGUAAUAAUGACAAUUACAACAAUACUGAAUGAACACUUAUUUUAACUUAAUAUAAUACAUCAAUAAAAUCAAUUUAGCCUAAAAUCAAUAAUGAAACAUGUUCAAUUUGGUUUAAAUAAUGCAAAAACAAAGUGUUGGAGAAGAAAGUAAAAGUGCAAUAUGUGUCAUAUAAGAAAGCUAACGUUUAAGUUCCUUGCUCAGAGCAUGAGAACAUAUGAAAGCUGGUGGUUCCUUUUAACAUGAGUCUUCAAUAUUCCCAGGUAAGAAGUUUAAGGUUGUAGUUAUUCUAGGAAUUAUAGGACUAUUUCUCUCUAUACGAUUUGUAUUUCAUAUACCUUUGACUAUUGGAUGUUCUAAUAGGCACUUUAGUAUGCCAGUGUAACAGUAUAUUUUCCAUCCCUCUCCUCGCUCCUACCUGGGCUCGAACCAGGGACACAUCGACAACAGCCACCCUCGAAGCAGCGUUACCCAAGCAGAGCAAGGGGAACAACUACUCCAAGUCUCAGAGCGAGUGAUGUUUGAAAUGCUAUUAGCGCGCAACCUGCUAACUAGCUAGCCAUUUCACAUCGGUUACACCAGCCUAAUCUUGGGAGUUGAUAGGCUUGAAGUCAUAAACAGCUGCUGACAAACGCACGAAAGUGCUGUUUGAAUGAAUGCUUAUGAGCCUGCUGGUGCCUACCAUCGCUCAGUCAGACUGCUCUAUCAAAUCAUAGACUUAGUUUUAACAUGAUAACACAGAAAUACGAGCCUUAGGUCAUUAAUAUGGUCAAAUCCGGAAACUAUCAUCUCGAAGACAAGACAUUUAUUCUUUCAGUGAAAUACGGAACCGUUCCGUAUUUUAUCUAAUGGGUGGCAUCCAUAAGUCUAAAUAUUGCUGUUACAUUGCACAACCUUCAAUGUUAUGUCAUAAUUACGUAAAAUUCUGGCAAAUUAGUUCGCAACAAGCCAGGCGGCCCAAACUGUUGCAUAUACCCUGACUCUGCGUGCAAUGAACGCAAGAGAAGUGACACAAUUUCACCUGUAUAAUAUUGCCUGCUAACCUGGAUUUCUUUUAGCUAAACAUAAAGGUUUAAAAAUAUAUACUUCUGAGUAUUGAUUUUAAGAAAGGUCAUUGAUGUUUAUGGUUAGGUACAGUCGUGCAACGGUUUUGCUUUUUUCGUAAAUGUGCUUUUGUUAAAACAUCCCUUGUUUGGCGAAGUUGGCUGUCUUUGUUAGGAAGAAAUAGUCUUCACACAGUUCGCAACGAGCCAGGCGGCCAAAACUGCUGCAUAUAUCCUGACUCUGUUGCAAGAGAAGUGACACAUUUUCCCUAGUUAAAAUAAAUUAAUGUUAGCAGGCAAUAUUAACUAAAUAUGCAGGUUUAAAAAUAUAUACUUGUGUAUUGAUUUUAAGAAAGGCAUUGAUUUUUAUGGUUAGGUACACGUUGGAGCAACGACAGUCCUUUUUCGCAAAUGCGCACUGCAUCGAUUAUAUGCAACACAGGACACACUAGAUAAACUAGUAAUAUCAUCAACUAUGUGUAGUUAACUAGUGAUUAUGAUUGAUUGACUGUUUUUUAUAAGAUAAGUUUAAUGCUAGCUAGCAACUUACCUUGUCUUCUUACUGCAUUCGCGUAACAGGCAGGCUCCUCAUGGAGUGCAAUGUGAGGCUGGUGGUUAGAGAAUUGGACUAGUUAACUGUAGGGUUGCAAGAUUGAAUCCCUGAGCUGACAAGGUAAAAAUCUGUCAUUCUUUAUUUGUAUUUUUAUUUGAUUUAUUUCACCUUUAUUUAACCAGGUAGGCUAGUUGAGAACAAUUUCUCAUUUACAAUUGCGACCUGGCCAAGAAAAAGCAAAGCAGUUCGACACAUACAACAACAGAGUUACACAUGGAGUAAAACAAACAUACAGUCAAUAAUACAGUAGAAAAAUAUGUCUAUAUACGAUGUGAGAAAAUGAGGUGAGAUAAGGGAGGUAAAGGCACAAAAAAAGGCCAUGGUGGCCUUUUCAGUAAAACACUGGAAUGGUAGAUUUGCUGUGGAAGAAUGUGCAAAGUAGAAAUAAAAACAAUGGGGUGUAAAGGAGCAAAAUAAAUAAAUAGAGUGAGGGAGAAGUGUUUCCAGUUUCAGAGAUUUUUGUAGUUCGUUCCAGUCAUUGGCAGCAGAGAACUGGAAGGAGAGGCACCCAAAGGAAGAAUUGGUUUUGGGGAUGACCAGAGAGAUAUACCUGCUGUAGCGUGUGCUACAGGUGGGUGCUGCUAUGGUGACCAGCGAGCUGAGAUAAGGGGGGACUUUACCUAGCAGGGUCUUGUAGAUGGCCUGGAGCCAGUGGGUUUGGCGACGAGUAUGAAGCGAGGGCCAGCCAACGACAGCAUACAGGUCGCAGUGGUGGGUAGUAUAUGGGGCUUUGGUGACAAAACAGAUGGCACUGUGAUAGACUGCAUCCAAUUUAUUGAGUAGGGUAUUGGAGGCUAUUUUGUAAAUGACAUCGCCGAAGUCGAGGAUCGGUAGGAUGGUCAGUUUUACGAGGGUAUGUUUGGCAGCAUGAGUGAAGGAUGCUUUGUUGCGAAAUAGGAAGCCAAUUCUAGAUUUAACUUUGGAUUGGAGAUGUGUGAUGUGAGUCUGGAAGGAGAGUUUACAGUCUAACCAGACACCUAGGUAUUUGUAGUUGUCCACAUAUUCUAAGUCAGAAUCGUCCAGAGUAGUGAUGCUGGACGGUCGGACAGGUGCAGGCAGUGAUCGGUUGAAGAGCAUGCAUUUAGUUUUACUUGUAUUUAAGAGCAGUUAGAGGCCAUGGAAGGAGAGUUGUAUGGCAUUGAAGCUCGUCUGGAGGGUUGUUAACACAGUAUCCAAAGAAGGGCCAGAAGUAUACAGAAUGGUGUCGUCUGCGUAGAGGUGGAUCAGAGACUCACAACCAGCAAGAGCUACAUCAUUGAUGAGAAGAGAGUCGUCCCAAGAAUUGAACCCUGUGGCACCCCCAUAGAGACUGCCAGAGGCCGGGACAACAGGCCCUCCGAUUUGACACACUGAACUCUAUCAGAGAAGUGGUGAACCAGGCGAGGCAAUAAUUUGAGAAACCAAGGCUAUCAAGUCUGCCGAUGAGGAUGUGGUGUUUGACAGAGUCGAAAGCCUUGGCCAGGUUAAUGAAUGCGGCUGCACAGUAUUGUUUCAUAUCGAUGGCGGUAGGAUAGAUAUAGGUCUGUAGCAGUUUGGGUCUAGAGUGUCCCCCCCUUUGAAGAGGGGGAUGACCGUAGCUGCUUUCCAAUCUUUGGGAAUCUCAGACGACAUGAAAGAGAGGUUGAACAGGCUAGUACUAGGGCUUGCAACAAUUUCGGCAGAUCAUUUUAGAAAGAGAGGGUCCAGAUUGUCUAGCCCGGCUGAUUUGUAGGGGUCCAGAUUUUGAAACUCUUUCACAGCAUCAGCUGACUGGAUUUGGGAGAAGGAGAAAUGGGGAAGGCUUGGGCGAGUUGCUGUGGGGGGUACAGUGCAGUUGACCGGGGUAGGGGUAGCCAGGUAGAAAGCAUGGCCAGCCGUAGAAAAAUGCUUAUUGAAAUUUUCAAUUAUAGUGGAUUUAUCGGUGGUGACAGAGUUUCCAAAUCCUCAGUGCAGUGGGCAGCUGGGAGGAGGUGUUCAUGUUCUCCAUGGACUUUACAGUGUCCCAGAACUUUUUGAGUUUUUGUUGCAGGAAGCAAAUUUCUGCUUGAUAAAGCUAGCCUUGGCUUUUCUAACUGCCUGUGUGUAUUGGUUUCUGACUUCCCUGAAAAGUAUCAUAUCACGGGGGCUGUUCGAUGCUAAUGCAGAACGCCAUAGGAUGUUUUUGUGUUGGUUAAGUGCAGUCAGGUCUGGAGAGAACCAAGCGCUAUAUCUGUUCCUGGUUCUAAAUUUCUUGAAUGGGGCAUGCUUAUUUAAGAUGGUGAGGAAGGCAUUUUUUUAGUAACCAGGCACCCUCUACUGACGGGUUGAGGUCAAUAUCCUUCCAGGAUACCCGGGCCAGGUCGAUUAGAUAGGCCUGCUCGCUGAAGUGUUUCAGGGAGCGUUUGACAGUGAUGAGUGGAGGUCGCUUUACCGCUGACCCAUUACGGAUGCAGGCAAUGAGGCAGUGAUCGCUGAGAUCUUGGUUGAAAACAGCAGAGGUGUAUUUAGAGGGCAAGUUGGUUAGGAUGAUAUCUAGGAUGUGGUCUAUAGCAGGCGGCAACGGUGAGAGACUUGUUUCUAGAGAGUUGGAUUUUUAAAAGUAGAAGAUCAAAUUGUUUGGCUACAGACCUGGAUAGUAGGACAGAACUCUGCAGGCUCUCUCUGCAGUAGAUUGCAACACCGCCCCCUUUGGCCGUUCUAUCUUGUCUGAAAAUGUUGUGGUCAGGGAUGGAGAUUUCAGAGUUUUUGGUGGUCUUCCUAAGCCAGGAUUCAGACACGGCUAGAACAUCCGGGUUGGCAGAGUGUGCUAAAGCAGUGAAUAAACAGUUAAUCCACCAUUCCUAGGCCGUCAUUGAAAAUAGGAAUGUGUUCUUAACUGACUUGCCUAGUUAAAUAAAGGUGUAAAUAAAUAAAUCGGCCAGAUCGGUGUCCAAAAAUACCGAUUUCCGAUUGUUAUGAAAACUUGAAAUCGGCUCUAAUUAAUCGGCCAUUCCGAUUAAUCGGUCGACCUCUAAUUGACAGUUCUACUUUCCUUACCAUGGACACCCAGGGAAUGGCAACAUGAAAAAAUGGAAAUGUUAGUACAUUGUACAGUACUGCCCAUGCCUGAACAGAUUAUGAUCCUUUGCAUGUUUGCCUGAGACUAGUGUAAGUUCAUGAUAACACAGUGGAAUGCAAAUAUGAAAAUAGUUAUUAAAUAGUUACCUGAUAUUGUAUUUAUGUGUGUGUGUGUGUGUGUGUGUGUGUGUGUGUGUGUGUGUGUGUGUGUGUGUGUGUGUGUGUGUGUGUGUGUGUGUGUGUGUGUGUGUGUGUGUGUGUGUGUGUGUGUGUGUGUUUGGGGGUCACAAAACUGGAUAACUAGGAUAAGUUGAUAUUCACACAAUAGCUUGGGAACGUAAAAGCUUUUUACAGGUGGGAUUUAUUAAUGUUGCCAUAUCAUAUAUCAUGCCGCCAUACGUCCCAGCCGUCCCGGCACCUACAGCCUACAUCAUCUACUCAUUGCAUACCCGGAGAGAGAAUGUAUUUUAAAAUGUUGUUGAAUAUCACUUUCAUUCUUGAAUGAAUUUGCACUUUUAAUAUAAAAUGACCUGUACAUUGCAUGACAUUUUUCAAUGGCAUUUUAUGUCAUUUUCCCAAAAAGUGGUUAUUUUCCUGUGGCAGUAUAUGUUUAUGAAUGACCCCCGGGUGUGUAAUUACAAUGUCAAUUGAUUCCAUGAGGGACAGUUGAAGAUUACUUGCACCUUGACUACAUAUAUAUAUAUACACUACCAUUCAAAAGUUUGGGGUCACUUAGAAAUGUCCUUGUUUUUGAAAGAAAAUCAAUUUUGUUGUCCAUUAAAUAACAUCAAAUUGAUCAGAAAUACAGUGUAGACAUUGCUAAUGUUGUAAAUGACUAUUAUAGCUGGAAACUGCAGAUUUUUUUAUGGAAUAUCUACAUAGGCGUACAGAUGCCAAUUAUCAGCAACCAUCACUCCUGUGUUCCAAUGGCAGGUUGUGUUAGCUAAUCCAAGUUUAUAAUUUAAAAAAUCUAAUUGAUCAUUAGAAAGCCCUUUUGCAAUUAUGUUAGCACAGCUGAAUUUUCUUGUCCUGAUUAAAGAAUCAAUAAAACUGUCCUUCUUUAGACAAGUAUCUGGAA